AAUGAAAAUCUAUUUUAUGACAAAAAAAGGAGUAGUCCCAAGAAGACUCUUCUAUCAAGAAGCAAUGGAGAAUCUGGCGAGCAACAGGCUAUGGUUCAGCCUCCCCUAUAUGAUGUGUAUCUCUGUGAUAACUGUGAUGAAGAAUUUAAUACCUUAAAAGAAGUACAAGAGCAUGAAAAAUGUUGUUGUACAAAUCAGCGACAACCUUCACCCCCACGAGUGACUGAGGAGAGUUCUAAGGACAGUUUUUUAAAUUACUUCAACUUAUUUAAUGCCAAGGGGAAGAACCUUACAAAAAAUGUUGACCAUCCUUUACGAAAACGUGGUUUCAGAAAUUCUUUUUGGUAUUCAAGUAUACCGAUUUCAUCCCCUCUAGGAAUGCUUGUUUAUAAGAAAACACGAGCAUCAGCUACAACUGCUCUAGUACAAUUAGAAAGGCUUGAGCGACAUUGCCCUGCCAAGCCAUCAAUUGUUAAUGAUGACAAUCGGGAUAGAGGAAGUACACUUUGGCCAGUUUCAUGGAAACCUCGUAAGAAAACGGAUGAUGAUUGGGUUCAUGUGUAUAGGAAACCUGGAAGGCAAUGGAGAGGAAGAACAAGAACAUCUGUGCAGAGUAGAUUAGGGAAUAAGAAACAAAAUUUACUUAGUCAGUGCCAGAACUUGCAAGUAUAUGUGAGAAAAUUGACGCCGAGUGAGAUUGCAUAUUAUACAAAUAAUUCUAGUGGUGCCAAGAGAGCAUCUAUUAGUUCUGUUGUAGAACCAAAAUGCAACACUCCUCUUGUGUCUAGACAAUCAACAAAUAGUGUUCAUUUGCCUUCCCAAAAGGUGACUAGUAGUAUAAUUGAAAAUAACCAUUCAAGGAAACAGAAGGUUGAAGUAUUGACAUCAGUGAACAAGCAGAGUACUACCAAUGGAAAGAGGGUUAACAGCAGUUUGGGCAAUGGUGCUUCAUUGAGUAGGAAAGAAACAAGGAGUGAAUUAGAAGCAAAUAUAACUACAAAGUGUGUAGAUGUGAGUGGCUCCGAUUCUGGCAUUACAUCUGAAUUUGGAUAUAUACUGGGAGAAAGACAUUCCCAGUUCCUGCCUCAGACUGAAGAUAAGAAACUUGGCAUAGAUCAUAUUGCAUGGAGACUAUAAAGAUAACUCUUCCUUUUGAUGCUCGUAGUAAUUAAAUACUACAAUCAUUGUUGAUGAUUCAAAUUGAGAAGUACUUCCAAUUGAUCGUGAAUUCAAUGAUGAGCUGCAUUAAGAAGAAUGGCUGCAAGAAGGAUUCUCAUCGCAUCCUGAUGUUAAAAUUGUUCCUGAUGUUUUUGCUGGUCUUCGUUAUCCCACUUACAUGCCCGUAAUAGGUGCACUGAUUCCUAAUUGAGAGAACUGGCGAGUAGGAAAAUGACCUAAGUUGUCUUAUCUUUUUUGAAAUAUGAGUCAUGUAACUAUUUUUGGCAUUUUGUCGCAAGAGAUACAUUGUAUUCUUUUAUUUUAUUUUAUUUCUUAAUUAUUUUUAAUAAAGGUAACUUUAAAUAAAGACAACAUUACCUUUUUCUGUAAUUAGUUCUGCAACAAAAAGUGGACUGGCUCAUAACUGUAAGUUUUGUUUGAAGAACUUACUUUGUGGAUUAAAAUUUUAAAUAAUGAGAAUUUUCAAUGAUAGAAUAUGAUAAUAUGCUGUUUGUGUUUCAAAAGUUGAUUAAGUUCUGUUUAUUGAAAAUGAAGACAACUGUUGAAAGAACAGUUUUAUUUUUUGUAAACAAGUUUUCAGACUUGUUCCUACUUUUUUCUCUACUUCUUUAUACAUACAUGCGAACAUUUAUGCACAUAUGUGUCAUUGCCUCAUACAUAUUAUUUGUAAUAAGCAAGUUACAGUGUGAAAUGUUAAAUCUUUGUGAUAUUAAGUGGUUUUGAAAAGGAUUAAAAUGGUUAGUAACAAAAUUUGUCGGUUCAUAGACAAUUUUAUUACUUUGUAAGAUCAUUCAGGGUUAAUAAAAUGAUUUAAUUAAUGAUCUUUCAGUUCAUGGAAACAGAUUAAAUCCAUGUUGACAGUAUUUAAAUAUUGUAAUUUAAUAAUUCUUGAAAGAGUUCAGUGGCAAAUGAAAAAUCUUUUUUUAAUCCAGCUUACAUUAAAGUAUUCUCAUUUACAGUUGAGAAUAAUGGAGUCCUGAAUUGAGUCAUAGGAUAAUAUUAAUUCCAAUUUGUCAGUUAAUAAUGUUCAUGGUAAAUCAGUUUUCAGGCAAUUCUCUAUGUCAAAUUUUGUAGAGAGAAGCAAUGAUGCAGUUUAUGAAAAUUAAGUGAAAAAUACAUAUCAAAUUUGCAAUAAAUAAGUAAAAGUAAUUUAAAAUAUCAAUUUACUAAAUUCAUUGUAAUUUUAUAGUUUAGACGUUCUUGGUUGACAUGUUCACACACUUUAAGACUUGCAACGAAACUAUCAUUGGCUGCUUCCUCCUGCUCAUGGAUGUCUAUGCUCGUAAUAGUCAUAAAAUUAGCUUCUGACAAAUUCAACGUGCGAUUUUCUAAAUAUAUUUGUAACGAAGAAUUUCAUUUCAUUCAAAGUUGUUCUCUAUUGAAAUUACUAAAAACUAUUCAUGCAACAGUCUUCAUUUCUCGUGCUAAACUGCCGUGGAAAAUGUCUGGAAUAUUCUUUUUCAUUAACUGUCAAAUAUACACCAUCCAGUCUAACUUUUAAAAACCUGAUUUUUGAAUCACGAAGUAGGUGGAGUUUCAGUGAAAUGUGUGUAUUGAUGGUGGUGUAGUGAAUACACUGGAAUCUCGUUAGCACGUUCUCCGUUUCGCCUUUUCCCCCCGCAUAGUACAUUAAUAUUUUCAAGUCCCGGCCCUAAUUCGAUCAAAUUCUUAGUUUAUACGUGUAAUAAUACCGCUUAGCACGUUCAAAGUUUAUGUAGGUAAAUUGCUUCGUGAAUUAGAAGCGUUUUCCGGUGCACGAGUUAUCUUCAUUGUGUGUUGUUUUCAUGGUACUUUGGGGGACCAUUCACCAUUUUCCAGUAGGAAGAAACGUGUUUUAAAUGUCCCCUCCGCGCUUUUAGAAACUUUUAUGAAAAAAAAAAAAAAAAAAUUAAAGUCGUAUCUCAUGAGCGUUUCAUUGACGGGGAUCACCUAACGCUAAUGGCGUUGCCUGCACACGAGUCGUUUAACGCGCGCUUAAAGUAGCUAUUUUUUGCGCUAAACGGCACACGCUCGCUGUUGGCGACGUUAGGCGCACGUCAGGCGACGCGCGUUUGCUCAACGCACGUCGCCAAUAGCGUGCGCGUGUGCACAGGAACCGACGUCGCUACACCAGCGGUAGGUGACGCGCGUCAACCCCACGCUCGUGUGACACAGGCCUUGAUGUGCAUUACUUUUAGUAGUUUUAUUCAAGGUCAUUUAUGAAUAAAUUAGUUCAUCCUGUGGGUACUUGCUUGUUAUUUAGUAUCCAUUAGUUUUCUCUAUUCUACUGAUUUGAAGACGGUGAAAAGUAAAUAUAAAUUGAACAUUUUUCUUUAUCAUGUUUUCCCGCUUAUGACGUUCAAAAUUUUCGAUUCCUUGAAAAAACAUUACCAACGAGAUUCCAUUGUAGUAGUUUUGUGAUUUUAGUUGUAGUGUGUUGUAGUUUAAAACCAUUUCAAAGGUCAAUAUGAUAAACCAUACCAUUAUUUCUUUUCAUAUUUAAUAAUUGUUUCCUGUCUGAAGUAUUUACACAAUGCCUGUUUGUGUAUAGUUUGUUGUAGGUGAAUAAAUUAGUCUUGUUUGACUGCAGUAAGCACGCACAGGUAUUAUAAACAUACUGAAGAUGUCAUAUUUGUCUGCUAGAUGAGAGUUUCUGCUAGACUAUUUUAAACUUAGUUAUAUUGCCAAAUAAGGGGGAAAAUGUUUAUUUUUGAUAAAUUAUUAAUAAAUUGUGGACAUUUUGUAGUUUUCCUCAUAGUGCAGAAUUAAAUGAGGUGAAUUUUAUGAAUUCUAAGGGAGUUGAUUUUUUAAUGAAGUGUCAUUCACACAACUUUGUUUGAAGUCAAAUUUACAACAGAGCAGAUAUUGCUAUGUCCAGACAUGAUAAAUGAAGAUAUUUUAUAUUGCUUUUUCUAUAAAUUUUGAUACAGGCAGGAAAGAAGGUAUUUUCAACACAUCUGAAAAUUAUUAAAGCUUAUGUAAGAGAUACUCUCAUCUUAAGACAGUAUUAUGUUGUUAUCUCAGAUAGAAAAUAAAAAAGUACACAGUUUAUUAUGUAAACCAUGGGUGAUAAGAAAUACAAUUUGCGGUAACCUUGAUCACAUUUGGCCAUUGCAUCAAACUUUCUUUAAAGUAAUUCAGAAUGAAAACUUAAGAAAACUUUCUUUAAAGUAAUUGUUUCUUGUAUUGAAAGUUAUCAGAAUAUUUUAAAAUGAAAGUUAAAAUGAGACUCUCAGUACUUGUUGGUAAUUCUUUUUCUAGAAACAAAUUACAAAGUAACAAUAGCAUACAUUUACAAAGUUGGAAUGUGUUAUUUAAACAAUAAUUUAAAUUGAUUUAAUGCAUUUUAUUCUUUAUUUUAAUUGUGCUUGCUUGUAGAAUUUUUUGGACAUUUUUUCCUUCAAUGCAAUUAUGAUGUGUGCAAUUAUAUUUCAUCUGUUAAAGAUUCCUUUAAAAAAAAUCCAUGCAGGUUAUUAAUUUUAAGGGUUGUGAGACUAAAUUUAGGUACUGAAAGAUGCAUUCAUAUAUCUCUCGGGUAGGUAUCUUUGUGAACAAAAUACAUAUAAAAAAGGUACCUAUUUGGCAGCAAUUUAGAACAUGUGAUUAGUAUCAAAAUCAAUAAGUCUCAUGUGCUGUUUGUAGAUUUUAUUUUAUUAUUAUUUUAUAAACCAACCUGACUAGUCACAAAAUAUGACCUCCCAUUAAAAUUGAGACGAAGCACAGGCUAGAGUAGUUUUCUUUUUUAUCUUUGGUUAAUAUUAUUUUUUUUGCGGCAAAAUCCUAGGCAUUUUGUUUCUAAGACAGUUAUUUGGCAUCAUUAAAAACAAUGAGCAAUGAAUAUAGUGUUUUAUAUUUUAACUUCUUAAUUUUCAUGAAUUUCUUUUGUAGAAGUUUGUUCCUCUAAAAGAAAUAUUUGCGAUUUUCUAAAUCCUAUCUAUUUAAUUAUUAUUGUCAGAAUUAUCACUCUAAUUUGGGUUUUUUUGCCCGUAAUAAAGGCAAUUUUCAGUUGAUGUAUGUGGGAAAUCACCAGUUGUUUGGAAUUUUUAAACAUUGUUUCUUGUGAUUCUUUGAAAAUCCUAAUGAGAUUUGAAAAAUGAAGAAACUUAAACUUCUUUUAACAAAGAAAUAUUAGAAAUUUCUUAUCUUUAAUAGACAUGUCUUCUGUUUUCCACAAAUAUAAAAUUUAAUAAUUUUUAAUUAAAAUAAAUAAUUUUUAUCAAUGUUAUUUUGUCAUGUUAUUAAAGUAUGCACAUAAUAAGUCAUUGAUUAUAAAUUAACUUGUAGUACUUCCUGGGUAAUUUGUUUCUUGGAAAAUUAAAUUUUCCACCUUAUCACUUUUUUGACUGGAAUAAUUCUGUGACCAGGAAUAAGCAAAGAAGAAUUUUUUGUAAAUUUUAUACCUUUCAGGAGAAGUGUAUCAAUUCCAACUUUUUAAAAUAUGCCUUACAUACAGAUCAAUUAAUACAUCUUUGCAGGUGAUGAGAAGAGGUGGGGGGCACUGGAUUUCUUCUGAAAAUGACAAUGCAAUUUUUUUUGGUUUUAUUUUGUUUUAUUUAAGAAGUUGAUUUUAAAUUACAUAUUGUUAAUUAAAUAUUAUACUGUAAAUAGGCAUUCAUGAAAUUAAAUAGGCAAACAAAAUAUUUGUUUGGAUAAGUGUAAUUAAGACAAGAUUUUUUUAUCAUGUUGGAGGAAGUCUAUAAUUAUGAGUAAAGAGUGAGACAAGGCAUCUCUUGUA